AUGGCGGACUUUUAUGUUCGGUCGGCUCAAGCGCUUGACCAGGUGCUUGGGGAUGAGUGUUCGGUGAAAGCAGCAGCUGGGGCGCAUGCUGAUUCGGGGCGGGUGUUGGCGAUCGUGAUCAACUCGUUGGCGUAUCGAAGUGCACUUAUGCACGCAAUCGAUGAGUGCCGGGUGGCGAAGCUCGAGGAACGCAUUUUUACGCUUGCUGCUACUCCUGCUCGUGCUCGUGCGUCGAGUGUCAAAGACAAGAACAAGCCAGGCAAACAGCAAGGUAAGAAGGCGGCUGGCAAGUAUCCUAGCAAGCAAGCACUUUUGCUGGUUCUGUGCCACGAUCUGCUGUUUCAAGCGCGAGGCAUUCAGGCGAGCAAGACGUGGCCACCCAAGCUCACACUCGAGCGGUAUCGACCUUCGCUUCACAGCGCGUUGGUCAAACUUCAGAUCCGACUCGGCAAAUCGCGGAUACAGGACCUGCGUUCUGGCGCGCUGUACGAGCAGAUGACCGCACGCAUCCCGCGAUGGAUUCGCAUCAACCCGCUACGCGCAACUCGCGACCAAGUGUUGCAGUGGCUCUCGGACAACCGCUACACGCAGGUGGAUGUGCGAGAUGACGAGAUCGGCGGUAUCAAACAGUUUGCCGAGUCAACUCAUGUUGCUGGAUUGCUCGCGUUUCAUCCGAAAGCUACCAGUGCUCUGCUGAAAAGCGAAAUGUACCGCGAAAACUGGAUCGUGAUGCAAGACCUGGCGAGCUGCUUCCCGGCCUACAUCCUGGAUCCGCCUGCGGGCAGUAGUGUGAUUGACGCUACCAGUGCUCCGGGCAACAAGACAAGCCAUCUUUCUGCCAUCAUGCAUUCCAAAUCUGGCUCGACAAGAGAAAACGGCCGUAUUGAUGCGUUUGAACGAGACGCGGCCCGAUACAAAACGCUCGUCAAACGACUCGAUGCAGUGGGUGCGCUUGCAUUGCCUCGGCCACAGCCAACACAGCACGGAAACGUAACUGCACACAGAAGAGACUUUCUCACAACCAACCCGGACGACUUUCCGAAUGUAACGCACAUGCUGCUCGAUCCCAGUUGCAGCGGUAGUGGCAUCGUCAACCGUCUCGACUUUCUCAAAGAAGACGAUGAUGUCGAACACGAUCCCCUAGACGCCGAUGCUCUCGAUUCCGACACCACCACCAAGCUCGCCAGACGGCUUCGACAGCUCUCGGAAUUCCAGCAACUCAUGAUUCGACAUGCUUUCAAAUUCCCCGCGCUGCGAAAGGUGGUGUACAGCACCUGCAGCGUGCAUGCGCAAGAGAACGAGCUGGUGGUCAUCAACGCACUACAGACGCAUGAGGCACAAAGCCGAGGUUGGAAAUUAGCACCACGCAAACACGUGAUCCCAACUUGGCCGGUCAGAGGCGAUACCGACGCGUGUACAGGCAAACACCAUGUGGCGGAGAGUGUGAUUCGGUGCAUACCUGGAGGUAAAGGGGAAGGCGACAAGCCGAAUGUCGAAAGCUGCAACGGCUUUUUCGUCGCCUGCUUUAUUCGAGACGACCAAAUCCAACAUGACGAGCAAGAGACUGCUGCAAACAAGAGGCCUUUCCAGGAGCAAGAUGACGUCGAUGACGACGGACAGGCGGAGGACGAAGCGCAAGAGCCGCAGCAGCAGCAGCAGCAGCAGCAGCAGCAACCACAGUCAAAGAACGCCAACGCAGCCGCCAACCGAAAGAAAAAGCUACAGAAACGACGCAAGAAGCAGCGUCUUGAAUUUCAACAGCAACAGUUGUAA